CUGGGAACAGUGUCAUUCGAAAAUGUCCUGACAGGUCUAGGUUUGUCGCGCUUUAAAUUAAGUCAUUCACUAGUGUGGUCCACCCCUGACGGCGGUCCAGGCCAAGGAAAACUUCUAUGCAUCCUGCAUGUUAUCCUGCAUGUUAAAAGCUUGAAGCCUUGAUUCCUUUUUCCUGUAUCAUGCACAAAGUACGGAAAUCUCGUGUCGGCUUCGUGCCCCGUUGGAUCAAGGCAGUUUUUGGGAAACAAGCGUCAAAGUCCACCCUCGACGAUAGCGAUUCUGUACAUCACCUUCCAACCAUCACUGCCGUCGCCAUUGUACAUGUAAAAAUAGAGGAUAUUGAACAAGCCGGUUUCCGGCCACGACCCAAAUUGGAAACGAUACCCGAGGUUUACGAGAAACGAAAAUCGGAUCGUCCGAAUUGUGACCGCCAGGACAGUGGAGUAGAGAUGAUGACGACGGAUUACUUUGCAAAAAGGUCCCCGUCCCUUUCCCUGUUAAAGAGCCAUGUUCGAUCGAAUAAAACAAGAGGCACGCUCCGCAGCAGGUCGUGCACCUAUUCCAAGGUAUAAGUAAAUCGACCUGAACAGAGGCUUGCUCAGAACGUCUGCUACAAUCUGGAUAUUUUCUGGAAAACAUUGAAGUGAGAAAAGGGAGCCCAUUAAUUGUGUUGUAUAGUCAUGGACGUCAUGGAAUAUUGUAUAUUCUCUUAGCUAGCAAUGAUCUUGGAAGAUGUCAUAUACAUGGGUAUAGCAUGAGCUGGAGCUGUAUAAAGGGCCAUCAUCAGUUGGGGAGUCAUAUACUGGAGCAGCAGAAUAAACACUGGAGCAUCGUUAAGAAAUAAAAGCUUGUAUCUGAGUUUCUAUAUCACU